UAUUACUCUAGACCAUGUUUCGCCAAGAGUUUCAAGGCAACGAAGCCGUCGACUACACCGUCAACAAUAUUGCCGGUCCGAUGGCUGGUGGGGCACGCUUCGCCGCAGAAAUUGGGGAAGAUUACAGCCAGCAAAUGCUAUCUGCAGCUACAGACUUCAUAUGGAGGGUGUUCCGACAAUCCAAUGCAGAAGACAGAAAAGCUGUGGACAAGGUCAGCUUGUUCAUUGAUGAUAUGGGUGGUGUUGCUUAUGCUUCCAACAAUGAAAUCCAUGUCAGCUCAAAUUAUGUAGGAAAUUACUCUGGUGAUCUGAAAAGGGAAUUUACUGGUGUUGUUUACCAUGAAAUGACACAUAUCUGGCAAUGGAAUGGCAAUGGACGAACUCCAGGAGGGUUAAUUGAAGGUGUUGCUGAUUUUGUGAGGUUGAAGGCCAACUAUGCUCCUAGCCACUGGGUGCAGCCAGGACAGGGUGAUAGGUGGGAUCAAGGGUAUGAUGUUACAGCUAGGUUUUUGGACUAUUGUAAUGAUCUGAGAAAUGGGUUUGUGGCUGAACUUAACAAGAAGAUGAGAGACGGUUAUAGUGAUCAGUACUUUGUUGAUCUGCUAGGGAAGACUGUUGAUCAGCUUUGGAGUGAUUACAAGGCCAAAUAUGCACAAUAGAGCUGUUU